UAAAGAUGGAGACGCGAAUGAUGUAAACUGGCCACAAUACUUUUAAAGCAAAUAAAAGUGUUUCAUCGAUGUGUGCUUUUAAUUUUGAAAUGUUGGCCGUUUUAGUUCAUUGUUUGGGUCAUUGGAGCCGAAUAAUUUUACGAUUUUGUGCGUGUGCAGGUCUAAGUUCAACAAACUUUCGUAAACAUCUACGUAAAACGGUCGUUUUUCGAAAGUGUUGCAUUACGUUCAGAUGGUACUGCAUUGUGCCAGUUUCAACGAUUUUGGAAGAAGGAACGGAUAAGCGUGCGACAUUUACUUGGAUAACGGGGCUCGCAGCUAAGUGCUGGGUCCGGCCGUCCCCAACGGUCCCUAAAGGAGUGACUAUCGUGGCAGGAAAUACCAAGGAGAUCGAAACCCCCUCAAAUGAAACAAUUCAGGAAGUUAGAUCCUGGCUCACAGAGCAUAAAACUGAACCUCAACAGAAACACACAAGAUGA